UUUUGCAAAAUGCCAAAACCUAGGUAUUUUAUUGUUGUUAAAAUAAUUCUGUCCCAAAAAUAAUUAAGACUACUAGAGAUCCAUCUUCUUCAUAUCCAAAUAAAAAAAAAUCUGCUGCAGCACUAUCAAUGAAUUUUAUACUUAGUUACAGAUUCAUAAUUUCGCGUCUGGACUUGUGACACAUUCUGCUAAAAAUAAAAUUGGGAACCAGCCAGUUCUUUUGUCAUGACUAGUUUGCAAACAGACGAAGCCUGUCAAAAUAUCGACCUUAAUUAUUCAUUACCUAUGGAUGUUGACUCUUCAUUACGUUUUCCAAUUGAUAGUUCAAUGAGAAUUAUAUUUACUGGUUAUUAUAAUGGCUAUGGAGUAGAAGUAAGAGGCAUUGAGGAGAUGGCUAUGCUAUAUCAUAUGGGAUGUUUUGGUAAAGGAACAAAAUCUCGAUCAAGACCAAAAUCCAUAAAAAAUGAUGGAAGUCCAUCCAUCAUGAGAAAAAGACAGUACUUGAAAAGAAACUAUUGGUAUAAAAAGUUUAGUUCGUCUCAACCGGCUCCACAAGCUGAUGAUUUUUUAAUAAAUGUUAAAAGUUUGACGUCUAAGAUUCUCCAUGAUAGUGCUCAACGGGCAAACAAGGAUGUAAUAGAUCUAGUGUCUAGUGAUGAAGAGCCUUGUGACACUGAUCAGAGUGAUAAUUUUGAUGAUGCAACCUGCUGUAAUGAGAAGAAAGAAACAGUUGUUAUAGUCCCAAAUAGUGAUUCAGAGGAUGAUAACUACUUUGCCAACUUAAAGCCAAAGUGCUGUCUCAAUAAGAUUCAAUUGGAAGAAAAGUUAAUGCUAACAAAGCAAGAAGCAUUUUUCCUGUUACAUGGGCUUGGCUGUUUACAAAUUUUUAACAUUGAUAAUAAAUUAUUGAAAGUAAAUGACUGUUGGAAAUUAUUUAAUGAAGCAGACCAUUACUUCAUGAACAAAUAUAUUGUAUAUCACUAUUAUAGGUCGAAGGGUUACAUUGUAAAACCUGGAAUUAAAUUUGGUGGAGAUUUCUCUCCUGUAGUCCCUUAA